GGGCCCUUAAAGCCUCCGCGGGACGGCCGAGCCCCGCCGCGGCCAGGUCCGACCCGCCGGCCCCAUCAUGGGCUCCCUGGGGCGCUGCCUGGCCCGGGGCCUGCUGCGGGGACAGCCGGGCUUGAGCCGCCCCCCCAGGCCCCGCUGCUACGGCUCCGCCCCCCCGGAGCUGCAGGAGAAGACGCUGGUGCUGGUGAAGCCAGACGCGGUGCAGCGGCGGCUGGUGGGGGACGUCAUCCAGCGCUUUGAGCGACGUGGCUUCAAGCUGGUGGCCAUGAAACUGCUCCAGGCGGACCGGGGUCUCCUGGACAAGCAUUACCAGCAGCUGCAGCAGAAGCCCUUCUACCCCGCACUCCUCGCCUACAUGACCUCAGGGCCGCUGGUGGCCAUGGUGUGGGAGGGCUACAAUGUGGUCAGGUCCACGCGGGCCAUGGUGGGGGACACUGACUCAGCAACAGCAGCGGCGGGCACCAUCCGGGGAGACUUCAGCAUGCAUGUCAGCAGCACCGUCCCCAUCCCCACACAGGAACGUGGUCCACGCUAGUGACUCAGUGGAGACAGCUCAGCAGGAGAUUGGCUUCUGGUUCCAGCGGGACGAGCUGGUGGCCUGGGAGAGCAGAGACCGGGACUACACCUACGGGCCAUAGGCUGGCCUCUGGCUAGAGCAGCUCCCCAGCCCUCCAAUAAACCCCAGUGCCUCCA